GCAAACAACAAACAGCUUUUGUUUCGGGUUUACUAAAACAUUUAGAAAAAAUACAAUUAAUUAUAUACCCACAAUGAUUUUAUGAUAAGAUUUUAUAAACAAGAGAAGGAAAAUGAAUUUGGGUGACCCAGAGCUAGAGUUAAUUGACCCUACGCCUAACAUUCACACUUUAUUUCUACACUUCGAUAAGUUGUUUUUUUGGACUAAGUUAGCCAGUAGAGCUGUCGUGCGAUGGAGCAAACGGAUGUACUCUUGUGCGGGGAUUUGCAGCUAUGAAGGCAGAGGGGGCCUGUGUGACAUAGCCUUGAGUGAGCCAUUGUUAAAACUGCGGCCCCGAAAAGACUUGGUGGAGACAUUACUCCAUGAGAUGAUUCACGCGUAUCUCUUCAUAACAUGUAGAGACCGGGAACGAGAUGGCCACGGACCAAACUUCCAGGCUCAUAUGCACAGGAUUAACAGAUCAGCCGGACUGGAUAUAUCCAUUUAUCAUGAUUUUCACGAUGAGGUAAAAUUAUAUUUGAAUCAUUGGUGGCGAUGUGAUGGGCCAUGUCAAAAAAAGAAACCAUAUUUCGGCAUUGUCCGUCGUUCACAAAACAGAGCACCAGGCCCCUCGGACAGUUGGUGGAACUACCAUCAAAAACACUGUGGUGGCACAUUCGCUAAAAUCAAAGAGCCCGAAAAGAAAACAAAUAAAAAACAAGCUGUUGUAAAAAAGAAUCCCAUUGAAGACAUCACAAAAUAUUUAAACAACAACAAUAAUAGUAAUACAGCAAAUAAAAAUAUCAAGACUAUUAAUGAUGUGACAAAUAAUAGAAACCCACUGACACCACUUUUAAAGAACCCAUCUAAUAUUCCCACUGCGGUAAAGUCCAACGGUGGCAAAACUGUUGUUAUUAAUCCGAUAACCCAAAAAGAUAUAAAUUAUGAUUCUAACAAAGAUAACAAACCUUUACCUCAUUUCACUGGCAAAGGUCACACUUUGAUCGGUAACAGACAAAGAUCUAGUUCUGUAGAUGCUGUUGCUGAAACAGUGAGAAGUGUGUGGGCAAAGAAGUAUGAUAACACAAAUAGUAAUAAGAAAGGUUUAUCGAGAAGUAAUAGCACAAUUAUGAGUAAUAAAGAAACAAAAACAAAUAAAACCAAACCGAUCCCUGUGCAGUUGGAUUCUCCAGCAAGUAAGAUUAGGAAAAUUGAUGAUUAUUUCAAGAAUGCAGCAUCCUCAGUUUUGAAAGAUCUGUAUGGUUCAGAUUUUAAAAUCACACAGACAAAUAAUAGUGAUAAAACGAUUGUUGCCAUGCCAAUUAAAAAUAAUUUAGUCAAUUGUCCUGUAUGUAAUGCCAAAAUAGAUGAUAAAGAAAUAAAUAGGCAUUUGGAUGAGUGUUUGAAUAAGGAUGUCAUUGAAAAGUUAAGCAAAGAAAAUGUUAAUGAAGAUGUCAAGCCUACUGUAUCUAGUCAGCCUCGAAUUAAGUUAGAAAAUGAAAUCAAAGCGUCUAAUUUCGUACUACCUCCAUUAAAGCCUAAAGUUGAAAACUUUAUUCCUAAACAAGAGGCUAAUGUUUUCUCUAGUUCCAAUAUGUCUAUAGAUUUGACAAAUAUAGCAUUCGGUGACAUAACCAAAAUUAAAAAAGAACCCAAAGUAGAAGAUGUUAAUUUCACAUUCGAUCCAGUUGAUGUAAACAAAGUAAAAUCUAUUGUCAAGAAAAUACAAUUCGAUAAGCAUAUUAGAAAAUCCGGCGAUUUCGUUACACCAGAAGAACCGGUUACAACCGAAGUUGGUUUCCUUCCGUCAUUUCUGGCGGACAAAGCUACAGAAAUUGUAAUGCCGCCUCUAAAACAAGAACCUGGAACUAGUAAAGACAUGUUUAGCGUUCAAAAGUGUCCUUGUUGUGACAACGAAGUCAAGAAACCUAUGGCUGAACAUUUAGACGAAUGCCUAUCAUUCUUCGAUAAUAAUAGUACUAUACCUGAAGAGGGCGCAUCGACGAGUUUCGCAAAUAAUACUAUAGUCAUUGAUGACGACGAAGAUGAUAUAUUUGAUGAGACUCAGACUAUGAAUGCGACGGGAACUAAAACGCCCUGCCCAUGUUGCCUUGCAAUGGUUGAGACUGAGGACAUGAAUACUCAUUUAGAUGUUUGUUUAAGCUAACAAUGAUAUGUAGACUUAAUUAAACAAUAUGUAGGUAAAUUAAAUCCUUUUCGAUCCGCGAAGGUAAAAUUAUUGGGAAACUAAAGAUAGAUAGAUAGAUAAAAAUCUUUAUUACACCAUAAGAGUAAAACAUACAAAACAACACAAAACAGACAGAGAUGGUAUAAAGGCGGAUUUAUCGCUAAUGCAAUCUCUUCCAGUUAACCUUUGGGUGGAAGGAAACCAAACAGGAGAAUUGCGUUGGCGCAGACCAAGAUAAAUAAAUAGGUUUAUCAACAGAUAAUAAAAAUAAAUAAAUAAAUAUGGGACAAAAAAAAAUCUAAAUUAGUUUAUUUAUUUGACGAGACGGUGUUGUCACUGAUGUAAUUUACUAAUUGUCAGAGUCAUUGCUAACAAUUAUUAGUGAAAUAAAUGAAUGUUGUUGCUGAUUUUUUAAAUGAUAAUUUUGUUAUUUGUAUUGUAUUUUUCUUUGAUUUUCCUGAACUGGUCAUUAAAUUAUAUGCCCUUUUGUUUCGGAUAGGGUUUCUGUAACAUAUUGUAAGCACGUUGGUUCUUUAAAUUUACUUGUCAAAUCUAUUCGCUUCAGAGCUCCGAGCGCCCGGAACAAAUUUUUGGUACAUUUUUACAAAUAAAUAUCAGUAUAAAUACAAAUUUUCAUUUGAUAUAACCGAAUUAUGUCAUACGAAUUUACAACUCUUCAAUAAUGUUAUUCAGCUAAAUGUUUUAUUGAUAAUUAUUUACUGAACUAUUUAG